GGGCUCGGAAGAUACCGGAGACAAAAGCUUCUGAUUUGUGCUUCCACUGCGGCGGCAACGGCAUCGUUUGAUCCACCGGGUGAGAUAGCGGUACCGCGUGGUCAAUCACCUUCAGUUAGCCUAGGUCAGCAGCCUCUGGAGCCUGCAGGUACCGCUCACCUGGCUGCUGUACAGCCUCCACCAUCACGGUCCCCAGCCCCUCCUCCAGCCUCACCCCGGAGUGCAUCCACUUCCCCUGCUGCUGCCGCGGCUGCUGCGGCUGCCGCAAAAGACCCCUUCCAACCUAUCGCGCGGUUCCGGUUGCCCAACCUCUCCGCACCCAUUACAUGGACCUACAUGCUCAGCUACAUGGCCUUCAUGCUCAUCAUGCCCAUUACCGCUCUUCUCCAGAAAGCCAGUCUGGUUCCCCUCGCCACCUUCAUCUCCCGAGCCACCGAGCCCGUCGCCAUGCACGCCUAUUACGUCACAUUCUCCUGCUCCAUUAUCGCUGCUGCCAUCAACUGCGUCUUCGGCUUCAUCCUGGCCUGGGUGCUCGUGCGCUACAAGUUCCCUGGUCGCAAGCUUUUAGACGCCGCCGUCGACCUGCCGUUCGCGCUUCCCACUUCCGUUGCGGGCCUUACGCUCGCCACCGUGUACGGCGACGAGUUCUUUAUCGGCCAGUUUCUUCAAAGGCUUGGCAUCCAAGUGGUCUUCACGCGCCUGGGUGUGGUCAUCGCCAUGAUUUUCGUAUCUUUCCCAUUUGUUGUGCGCACGAUGCAGCCGGUAAUGCAGGAAAUCCAGCGAGAGAUGGAGGAAGCGGCCUGGUCGUUGGGUGCGUCGCGUUGGCGAACCUUUGUGGACGUGGUCUUUCCGCCUCUCUUUCCGUCGUUGUUGACAGGUACCGCACUUGCGUUCUCGCGCGCGUUGGGCGAGUUCGGGUCCAUCGUGAUCAUCUCGUCCAACUUUGCCUUCAAAGAUCUGAUUGCUCCCGUACUGAUUUUCCAGUGCCUGGAGCAGUACGACUAUGUUGGUGCCACUGUGAUUGGCACGGUGCUGCUGGGCAUCUCGUUGACCAUGAUGCUUGCGGUCAAUCAGCUACAG